AUGCGACUGCGGACGUCGGACUCCGCUAAAGCAGUCAACUCUCGGGCUGCCAAGAGGAACAGCCUGAAGGAACCCAUUGACGAGAGCGUCGGGUUUGUGAAGAAGCUCUACCUGUGCACGCACGGAGUCAAGACGAAGCCUCGCGGAAAGGGAAAGCGACCGAGGCAGCACUAUCGCUACAUGGGAUGCCCCGCGAUGAUUCGAGCUUGCAUUUCGGAGCGCAAACCGAAUGAUCCGGAGGGACAGGGCAGGAGCAAGUAUGUGGUCCGUGUUGUGGCACAGAUUAACAAACACAACCAUCGUCUGAGCGAGCACCUGUUCAAGUCGUAUUCGGAAAGCCGCGUUGUGAUCGACGACGAGCUGGUCGUGCCAAACCCUCCGAGCCGAGCGAAGGAAGAGCACGUUGUUGCGUCUCCUCCUGCCGCGACGGUUCCACCUGUAGAACAGCAGAUCGCUACACCCGUGCAUCCGGAUCUGGAGGACCCGACCUUGAAGACGAACCCGCUGUUUCAAGCCCAGACGCUCGACCUCAUUACGCCUUCCCGAGUCAAAAUUCGUGUUGGCUGGAUUGGAACAGGAAUCAUGGGUGCUAGUAUGUGUGGGCAUUUGAUGAACCACGGCUACGAAGUCACUGUGUAUAACCGAACGCUCUCAAAAUGCGAGGGGUUACGGGAAAAGGGAGCGAGGGUGGCUGGUUCCCCUGCUGAAGUAGCCCAGAAUUCUGACAUCGUGUUCAUCAUGGUUGGCUACCCAAGCGACGUGAAAUCGGUGGUGCUUGAUCCGGACUCGGGCUUGCUUUCUCGAAUGAAAGCUGGCGGUAUCAUCGUCGAUAUGACGACUAGCGAGCCUGCGUUGGCCAAGAAGAUCUAUGACAUCGCCAAAGAUAAAGGUGUGUCGACGCUGGAUGCUCCAGUAUCUGGAGGCGACGUUGGCGCUCGUGACGCAACGCUGUCUAUCAUGGUUGGCGGUGAUAUGGAUUCGGUUUACGUAACGAUGCCAUUUCUGAGCGUUAUGGGCAAGACCGUUCGCCACAUGGGACCCGCUGGUGCAGGGCAGCACACGAAAAUGAUGAACCAGAUCCUGAUUGCCACGAACAUGAUUGGCGUCGUAGAAGGUCUUCUAUACGCGAAGAAAAGUGGCCUCGACAUGGAUGAAGCUAUUCGAGCCGUGAGUGCUGGCGCGGCUGGUUCGUGGUCGAUCAGCAACAUGGGACCUCGCAUCGUCAAGCGUGAUUUUGAUCCUGGUUUCUUCGUGGAUCAUUUCCUCAAGGACAUGGGCAUCGCUUUGAAGGAAGCGGAGAGGUAUGUCUAUACCGUUUUAAAUGACGUGCUAUGGCAGGAUGAACCUAUCACUCCCUGGGCUUUCGCUGGCGCAUCAAUUGUACAUUGCUGUAAAGGUACAUUGGGCUUUACGUGCAACAUCAUUCUGUCUGAAUUGACCAACUGA